GCACACCGGACCAUCCUCCAAUUUUCCAGUCUCUCAGCCUCGAGACGGCACACCAUGCAGAUCCCACCGGUGAACACUUGGGACUGAAGAUGUGGACGCCACAAAGACUUUCAUUUGUCAAUCGCCUUGCCGAGAUGGAGAUGGUAGUCUUCAGCCGCACUCGUAACUCGUAUUCCUGAAAGACGGAUCAAUGCGAGGCUGCGACAGCCUCAGCAAUGGGCGAUAUGUUCACAUAUUUAGGAAACCGUGGCUCGCUCAAAAUUCUCUCCACGUCGCUAGUCGUUGAGCUUGAUUGUCAUUCAUAGCGUUUUUCGUUCAGGAUCUCUCCUCGUUGACAAAACACACUCGCUACAGCAAUGUACACAUCAAUCGCUCUCAUCGCCCUCGCCGCCGUCUCCGCGGUCCAGGCCGGCUUGUCUCCCCAGCUCGUCCGCCGCCAACUCCAGGAACUCUCCUGCGCGGAAUCCGGCCUGAAAGAUUGCGGCGACGGAUGCAUCUACCUGUCCUACACGUGCUGCCCUAGCGGAGGCGGCUGCAUGCCAGGCACCUACUGCGACGGCGACGGCUGCUGCCCCGAUGGAGAAGUCUGCAGUGGUGGAGGAGGCAUCAUCACCAUUCCCGGCGACAUCAUCGACGUCACAUCGACCCAGACCAUCGACCUCCCUGAGGAGACAAGCACGAGGAGGAGGACAACUACUACAACCGACGAUGACACCGAGACUUUCGACAUCCCAACUGCCACUGCGUCCCCUUCGUCUUCCCCGUCCAGGACUAGGACUCCUCCCGCUGCCUCUGCCUCGCCUACCAAGCCUACCAACGGAACUGGAAGCCCCACCGCGGCGCCAUCGGCACCGCAGUUCCCCGGAGCCUUACCCGGAGCCGCUGGCAAGAACGUCAUCAAUCUUGCGUUCGCGUUCUUGCCCCUCCUCUUCUUUUAAGCGAUGUCGGUGAAAGAGAGAAGAGGAGUUAGUGGAAUGGUUAAUGCUUUUGAUAUGAUGAUAUCUGGGUUGGAACUUGGGAUUGUAAUGGAGUUGGCAGGUUGCUCGAUACCUCAC